UCUCUCUAUCUCUCGACCAAAACUGCAGAAAUUUUUCCUCCGAUUUCCAUCGGCUUUCUCAAAUUCCGUCGCUCCCCCCCCCGUCUCAUUCACGACGGCGACCUCACCGUCCCCUCGCUCCGAGUCGCCGUUCGCGAUUCGCCGCUGUCCGCAGUCGCGCUGCUCCCCUGGACCGCUGCCGCUGCUUCUGCCCGUCGCCGGAGGGAGCCCGUCGUCGCUGCUGUGCGGCUCCAGCUCCGCCGCGAAGGGUGCCGCCAUCGGUCGGCCCCAAUUAACCCCGAUUUCACCCGCAAGGUUACGGAGGAGGAAAAUUCCAUCACGGAGCAGGAAAAUCUACAUAAAAUCUUUAAUUAAGAUUUGAAUUAAAGAUAUUUUGUCUUAAUUAAUUUAGUUUAAUUCGCAGCUCAUUGUAUUUUAUCACGGACUAGACUUUUAUAUUAAUUAUUUAAUUUAUCGGAUCCAACACGGAAUUGAGUCCAAUAAAUAUUCCUCACGGACAGGAGUUAAUUAAAUUCUCAUAAUCAUUUAUUUCACAAAUCCCCAAUUAACAACAAUCAAUUACCAACAAUCAAUUCACGGACUUCGCAGAGUUAAUACUAUUAAAACAAGUAAUUUAGGUUCACAAAUUAGGUUUAGAAAAACGGGGCGUUACAAGUUCCAUAUCCAUUAUUCCGUGCUUGCGUUGUGCUCCAAUGGAGCUGGAUUUCUAGACUACCACCUGCAUUAUCUCUCUGCCUCCACUCUGCAAUCUUCUUCCAAAUUCUCUAUUACACACCCUGCUGUAAUUUAAUCUCCAUUUUCGGCACUCCAGCUUGCUAAAUCAAACCCAUCUGAGGAUUGUGUGUGUGUGAUGACGGAUGACUGAGCAAUGUGCUUCAUUUUCGGCUCGAUCCGAGAUUUGUAUUUUGAGGCUGCUAAUUUCAAGGAAUUAAGAAAAUGAGGGUUUUAGGGGACUCGUGGUGUUUCUGCAACAGUGGAACCAAGUCGGAGAGAAUGAAGGCCGCCAUUUUCUCCGGCAAGGCUCCCUCCAUGGCCAGAAUUCACGGAGGCGGCACCGCCUUCCUGAUCCACCGCAAUCUGCUGCUCACCACCCACGCCAAUCUCCCCUCCGUCGCCGCCGCUGAAGCCGCCGAGAUCCGCCUCCACAAUGCCCUCUCCGCUUCCUUAUUCCCUCACCGCUUCUUUAUCACAAGCUCCGUUCUUGACCUGACAAUGGUGGGCCUUGACACUUUUGAUGGUGAAUCAAAAGCUCCCGUGCAGCAUCCUCACUACUUAAGGACUUGUUCGAAACCGAAUCUGGAGCUGGGAAGUAUAGUUUAUCUUCUAGGGUACACAGAUAAACAGGAAUUGGCAGUCGGUGAAGCGAAGGUAGUAAUAGCUACUGACAAUCUGAUUAAGUUAUCGACUGAUGGAGUAACAUGGAGCCCGGGUUCUGCUGGUUUUGAUUUUCAUGGAAAUCUCUCCUUUAUGGUUUGCGAUCCUAUGAAGCUUGCAACUUCUCCAAAUACCAGAUCCACUUCAACUUCUUCAUCGUCAACGUCGUUGUGGAGGAAAGACACCCCGAUGCAAUUUGGCAUCCCUAUGCCCGCUAUCUGUCAUUGGCUUAAUCAGCACUGGGAGGGGAACCUCGAUGAACUCAAUAAACCGAAACUACCUCUGAUCCGAUUGAUGUCCUCCGCCCAGAAAAGUGAGCAUUCUUGUGCAUCAUUCACCAUGCGAAGCGUUUUUAAGCCAACUGAAGGUGAGAACGAGGGGACUCCAUCUUCAUCCAAACCAGUAGAGCAGCAACCUGGACCAAGUUCAGCAGCUGUCCACACUGUGGAAGUCAAAGACGAGAAGUCCUCAAGUGGUGAUCGGCAAGGCGCAACUCAUGCUCCCGGUAUCCCAACUCCUGAGAUUUACGAGUCCCCGAUGCUGACCUCAAGCCCAGUUAGGAACAAGGAUGCUACUACUCCUACUCCUACUACUCAAAUCCAACUUUUGGACAUCAACUUCCCUCCAAGGAUUAGUAAAGCUGCAUCAUCACCUAAGCAAUCAAGAAAAACGAUGCCACCGAGCUUUGAUCAAAACUAUGUCAAGGAUUUCCUGCUUCAAAAGCAACACAAGGGCCCCAUUCCAGAUGCAGAAUCAACGGGGUCCGUGAAUGGAGCCCAGAAUGAUGUCCAGUCGAGCUCUUCCCCCGUUGAGUUUCCACACGAAUACAGCAGUGAAGGAGAAACCACCAUGUACUCUGCAGAAACAGCCGAAAGCCGGAACUACCCAAGCCCCAGAGAGGGAAGGUUCUGUCAGAUAGGAAGGAGCCAGAGCUGUGUGAGCUACAACAGAUGGGGGCCGGUCCCAAAAAACUCGGUGGCCCGUGGCUUGAAUCUUGAGAAGCACCACAACCUCAUGCAAGGGAGGAAGGUGUACUCACAAGGUGCAACAUCUCAAAGGAGCAACGACUACUACAGCCCAACAGUUUCGUCCAAUAUGAAGAAAAGGAACGACAUGGAGCAGCAGCAAAAACGCAGGCCGAGGCCGAGGCAGAGCGCUGUUUAUACAUCUCAAAGAUGGAAUUUUUAAUAGUGAGUGUCAUUGAUUAUAAUUACUUUCUUGAUUCAGUGCUCCUAUACAUGCCUUGUUUCUUGCUUAUACCUGUAAGUAGUGGAUUGUUUAGACGAAUAGAAACGAUUUUAACACACCUACCCUUUUUUUGUUUAAAAUGGGAUUAUGUUUGUCUUGUUAUUGAAGGGAGUAACUGUUUAUAGGUUAGCUUCCCAAAACAGUAUGUUAAACAUGCUGUUGCGAUAACAAGGAUUGUUUCUGAUGAUAUUUUGAUUGGUGUUGGA